AUGCCGAGCAGCAGCAAGGAGCUCGUAGAGCCCGACUACGCAAGCUUGGAGCUACUUUUCUCUGUCCCACCAACAGCACCUAAGGAGAAAAUGGGGCCAAAAACAAAGAAAUCAAAAGAGAUCACAUUCAUAGGUCCAAAGAAAAGCCUCCUUCUGAGUAUAUUUCUGAAGCAAUUUAAGUGCUCCAAUGAAGAGAUUGCUGCCAUGAUUCAGAAAGGGGAUGGAUCCAAGUUCGAUGCUGAGAUACUGAAGCAGCUACUUAAACUGCUGCCUGAAGACCAUGAGAUAAAUGGCCUCAAAUCUUGCAAAGAAGAAAAAUCAGAACUAGCAAAUGAAGAUCAGUUUUAUCUCCAUCUCUUGGAAAUUCCUAGCUACCAGUUGCGGAUUGAAUGUAUGCUGAUUUGUAAGGAAACACAAAUUCUGCUGGAGUGUCUGUGGCCAAAAGCACAAGCCAUCAAGACAGCCUGUGAAACACUUCUUACCAGUCACCGACUGCCAGUUUUCUGCCAAUUGAUUCUUAAAGUUGGAAACUUUAUGAAUUAUGGGCAUCACACUGGAGAUGCUGGGGGUUUUAAAAUUAGUGCCUUGCUCAGACUGACAGAAACAAAAGCAAACCAAAGCCACAUUACUCUGCUUCACCAUAUUUUGGAGGAGGUUGAAAAAAAACACACAGAUUUGCUGCAGCUUCCCAGAGAUCUUGACUUUGUUUCCAAGGCAGCAGGAAUCCACUUUGAUGUUUUACGGGCUGAAGCAGGUGCCAAUUUGAAGAAACUCUUGGAAAUAGAGAAGCGUUUAUUUUUGUCGACAGAAGAUUUAAAAAUACAGCAUGCAAAAUCUGUUCAAGGCAGUAUCGAUGCUUCAAAGGACCUGCAGAAGGAGUUUGCCACUAUUGAAAAGAAGAAGGAAGAACUUGCUGAUUACCUUUGUGAAGACCGAAAAAAAUUGUCUUUAGAAGAUAUAUUUAACACAAUGAAAACCUUCAGAGAGAUCUUCCUCAAGGCCUUACAGGAAAAUCAAGAAAGGAAGGAACAAGCUGCAAAAUCUGAGAAAAGGAAGAAACAGCUUAAAGAAGAAGAUACAAAGAGGCUAAAGGGAGAGUAUGGAAAGAGCAGUACAUUUAACAAAAACUAG